AUGAUGUUGAUCAAUGCAUUCACAGUACUCCUUGCUCUGUACACCCAAACACAGGCUCAUUCUUGGGUGGAAGAGCUCACCCUCAUCGCUCCAAACGGAACCUUCGUCGGCACUCCAGGAUAUGCGCGGGGGAACUAUAUGCGUACGACACUGGGCUUUAGCGACCCUACCAUGACCUACUUGAUUCCGCCCAACACAAGGGCAAAUGUAACUCAGAUUCUGCCAAUCGACAAAAUGUGCAAAGACACCCAGCAGGAUCAGACUCAGUCAGAGGGAAGCCCUCGGCUUGAAGCCAACGCUGGUGCGGCAAUUGCCCUUCGCUAUCAGGAGAACGGCCAUGUGACGCUUCCCCAGAAUCAGCCCGGAAAGCCCACGAACCGGGGAUCUGUUUUUGUAUAUGGCACCACGCAACCCAAGACCGGCGAGAAGUUCCUUGAUGUUCACGGAGCCUGGACUCAAGACGGCACUGGAGGCGAUGGGCGAGGUGUGCUCUUGGCAGUGCAGAACUAUGACGAUGGCCGUUGCUACCAGAUCAAUUCGGGGGAAAUCUCAGAGACUCGACAAGCGAAGUACACUCACACAGCAGACCCGCGUAUGGGAGCGGACCUCUGGUGUCAGCAGGAUAUUCAAUUGCCCUUGAAUGCUCCCAGUGGGAAGCCAUACACACUUUAUUGGGUGUGGGACUGGCCCACCGCUGCGGGGAUUGAUCCCACAUAUCCCAAUGGAAAGGCCGAGAUCUACACAACUUGUAUGGAUGUGGACAUGGUGAACACGGUCGGCAAGCAGGCAAUCAAGAGCAAUUAUGAGACUGACCAAGAUCUCAACAAUGCUGCAAUCCCUUCGCAGUUCGAUGCGCUCGGCAGCCCGAUAUCCGCUCAGCUAUCCUCUCAGCCGACCAGUCAGCCGACCACAUUUGUCACAUCAUUAGCUGUAACAGGGGUUCAACCUAAAACCGUAACAGUGACAGAUUGGGAAAUCAGCACAAGCACUGUAUUUAUGGCUGGGAGUCAACCCACAUAG